AAAUUUUGAUACAAAAUUUAGUAAAAGUAACUAUCUCGACAAGAAUCUGGAAGUAUGGCCUAGGGUUACAAAAGACUAUCGACAGACAAUCCCUGGAACCAAACAUCCCGGUGGCCUAGUGUUCGACGGAUCUAGCUCUACGACGCCGUUUCGCCCCUAAUCACAGUACCCUGCGUCCCUGCCCUCCACUCUCUUUAGCAUGGGUGACUUUACAAUUCAGAUUAGCAGCAACUUAGUUAAACAGCUCGCAGAUGAUGGUGUAAAGAUAAAGAAGAAAACAAGGAAACCAAAAACAAAGGCACCGCGUGAACAGUUCCCUGCUAAAGAACAACAAAAGCAUAAUGUAGAUGAUUCUGAAACACUAAAAAGUCCUAAUGCUGUGGGGUGGCCAGUCCAACCACCACUGUUCAUGCCAAUUACCCCUCCUCAACUACCUGCUCAAGCGGAGAUAGAUGCAAUAAGGUCUGUGCUUCAAGAUAGCGAAAGGGUCCUGGAAAGAUUGCAGAAGCAUGAAGACGACAUGGUGAAACAGGUUACACAGAAAGCUAAGGAUCUACAUGAGAAAGAGUUCAAGAUUCCUCAGCCUAAACCUAUCCCUUGCUUGGUUGAGAAAGACGCUUGCUUGGAGUGCUAUAAGGAAAAUGUCAAGGAUCCUCUCAAAUGUGCCAGUUUGGUAGAACAAUUUUCCAAUUGUGCUCGAAUGGCUAGGCAGCAAGUGAGUUCUGUGGAGAAGUAGACCAGGUGAAAGGAAUUUUCCAAACUCUAUAUACUCCAGGUCAAAGUAAUUUUCAGCAUAAUUACCCCUUGGAAUUUUUUCAGGUUAAUAACAGAAGUACUCUCAUAUAACAGUUGCAAGCUAGUUGGAUCUGGCUUGUUUGAUAUUUUUUUUGCACUUGCACAAAUUUGAACUAUGUUCUUAUUUCAUGGAUUUAUGGUCAUACUAGAAUGUCACGGAUCAAUUAACAGCAAGAGUUUAUUAUCAUUUGGGAUAUGCCCAAUGGCC